UAAAAAAAAUAAUAUGAUAAAACAACCAACAGGUAUAAUUCAAUUAACAAAUGUAGCAUUUAUAAAAUAUAAAAUAAACAAAAUGAGUUUCGAAAUAGUAUGUUACAAAAAUAAAGCUAUAAAUUGGCGAAACGGUGUAGAAAAAGACAUUUCUGAAGUUUUAUAAGUUGAUGAAAUAUAUACAAGUGCAUCCCAUGGCACAAUAGCUAAAAAAGCUGAUUUAUAGAAAUAUUUCGAGAACAUGAAAAAAAUGGAAAUAAUAAAAUUGAUAUUGGAAAAAGGUGAAUUAUAAAUGGGUGAAAAAGAGCGAGCAGUCUAACAAUCAAACAUAUAUAAUGAUAUAGUGAAUAUAAUAACAGAAAAAUGCGUUCAUCCAGACAGUAAUAGAAAAUUUCCAGUAAAUUAGAUUCAAUAAGCUAUGAAAAGUAUAAAUUUUGUAGUAAAAAACGAUUAGCCGGCUAAAAAAUAAGCCUUAGAAUGUAUAAAAAUACUCACAAAGAAAUAUUAUAUGAAAAGAGCAGAUAUAUUAGUGAGUGUUUCAGUCCCAAAAGAAAAACAUGAAGAACUAUUGUAAAAGUUAUAGGCAAUAAAUAUAUUAGAAACUAAAAUUUAAAAAACUAUUUAGACAUAAAAUAAAAUCGAAAUUUCAGUAAUUAUUGAGUCGAAUAAACUAAGAGAUAUUCUUCUUUUGGCAAAAGAAUAAAUAGAAGGUUGUUUUGUAGAAGAAAUAGACACUACAGUUAAAAAUGAUUAAACUUAAUAAAUUGAGAAUGUAUAAACUGUAAAUCUGGAAUUAAGAUAAAAUACUGAAGAAGAAAAAAAAAUUGAUGAAAAAGAAGAUUAAAGUUCUGAAAGUGAACAUAAUGAGCAUAAACUAAAAAAAAAAAAAAAAAAAAAAAAUCCUUAAAUCGACUUAAAAGCUUAAUAGGAAAAAGAAAAAGAAUUCAAAAAUCUACAAUAGAAACUAGAAGAAUUAAACAUAGUUAAAGAUUAAUAAUAAAUAGAAGCUAAUAUUAUUCAUAAUGAACAAAAAGAUAUUAAAGGAAGCAAAAAAUGCACUUUUUGUAAAGAUGCUUACUUUUAUACAAACGAAGAAUAUAGACAACAUUUUAAAACUGAAUGGCAUUUAUAUAAUUUAAAGUCAAAAUCUAAUAACGAACCUCCUCUUUCUGAAAUUGAAUACAAAGUUAAUUAAAUGGAUAAAAACUUUUAGUGA